UAGGGAUGGGCUGGCCAUCCGCUGUCUGCUCUCUGCUCCUGCCGCUGGCCCUGCUGCUGGAGCCCCUCGGAGCCCAGGAGCCCAAGACAUUCCGUAUGGACCCCCGGACGCUGCGGGACGUCCAGCGGGGUCAGGAGCUGAAGCUGCAUUGUGAGACGAUGAGCACUUCCCCGACGGGCUGCUCGUGGCUGCGCCUGACCCCCGGCGCCGUGGUCCCCACCUUUUUGCUCUACCUGUCGGGCAGCAUCCAGAGCGCCAAGGUGUCCCCAGACCUGGACUCCGACCGGUUUGGGGGUUCGAGGUCGUUGAGCACCUACACCCUGACCCUGAAAGAUUUCCAAGAGGACGACCAGGGCUACUACUACUGCGUGGUCCUCCGCAACUCGAGGCUCUCCUUCAGCCCCUUCGUGCCCGUCUUCAUGCCAGUAAAAGCCACCACCGCCCCGGCACCCAAGCCCAAGCCCACCACUCCCGCGGCCACCAACUCUUCCAUCCAGAGUGCGGCAGGAUCUGACAAAUGCAAGUCCUCCAACACCUCAGAAAAGAAGGGACUGGAUUUCUCCUGUGACCUCUACAUCUGGAUGCCCCUGACCGGUGGCUGUGUUGUCUUGUUCCUGGCCCUGAUCACUACCAUUAUCAUCUGCCAGAGGUCACGAAGACGAGUCUGCCAGUGUCCAAGGCCCCUGAUCAGACCAGGAGGAAAGGCUGGCCCAUCGGGGAGAUGCGUUUAGCCCAGGCGAUGGACGUGCGGCCGGAGCUGCCAUGAUGGUGCCCUCUACAAGACUUAUCUGAGAUAUUUCGCCAUAUAAAUUAGCAACCACUUACUUCCCCCUUCUUUUUCUUCUUUCAUCCCUUUUUUUUUGGUUGUUGCUAUUGGGGUUGGGGUGCAUGUCUGGGGGAAUGUUCAUUUUCUCUUCUUUUCUUUUAAUUUGAGCCUAGCAAGAACGAUGAGCUCUGCUGGGGCUGUGGGUGGGCAAGGGCUGAAGGCACAAGAGUGAUGGGAUGCGCCCACUCCUGGACAGCCCCAUGCAUAGUCCUGUCCUCCUGGGGCUGGGGAUGGACUUGCCAAAGGGGUGUCCUGGAACCAGCUCCCGCUAGCUCACACAGGACCAAUUAUAAAGCUCUCGGUGUGAGUCUUUAUGCCUCGAAAAUCAGAAGAGAAAAAGGGAGUAACAACGAAAGCCAGUGCUUGAUGGAUUGUUUUGUCAAUUGUCUACUCGUCAAAUAAUGAUGCAGAUUAAAUUUAAAUGUGUCCUUGAUAUGGUUAUGGAGUAACUGCUGCAAGGAAGAUGCCGAUAAUGAACAGAUGAGAAAUUGGAUCCUAAUGGGGCCUCUGGUACAGUAGAGGCUGGCGGAGAAGGGCAGGGGGGGAGGCAUUGAAGUGGCUGAAGGAGUCUAUUCAGGAAAAUCAUCGGACUGGCUGGAUCACAGAAAACGGGAAUGGCUGAGACGCAAUGGAAUUGAAGUCAGGAAGAUGCGGGGCCAAGUUCUGACUCGUGUAUUGGCUGUGUGA